GCACAGCCAGCAACCAGCACUACAAGUACAAAACCCAAAAUCAUAAAAGAAGUAGCAACUGAAAAUCAGAAUUUGUAUAACUUGGAUUAAUUGAGAUGGAUUUUGGACGUAGGACCGAGCUCUUUUUCAUCGCAUCAGCCGUCGCCAUGAUCGCCUGCCCCACUGGGAUAGCUGGCUGUGGUAAUUGCCCGAAGCUGUGGACUGGUUUUAGAAAUCAUUGUUACAGGUUCUUCAGUCAUGAAUUGACCUGGCUAGCGGCCGAAAACUUUUGCCGCAGCUUCACAGUGCCCUCUCUCGGCGAAUGGGGAGAAGUCACGCGCACCAAUUCUGGGCAUCUCGUCUCCAUCCAUUCUCAGCCCGAACAAGAUUUCGUGACUGCUCUCUACGAAUCCUCACGGAAGAAAGGGGAUGAAAACGCAGGACAUUGGUUUGGUCUACACGACACCUCUACUGACGGCACCUUCGAAUGGACGGACGGAACUCCGGUCGAUUUCACCCACUGGAAGCCAGGACAGCCCGACAACUACCCGAAUCACGUUGGGAACGAGAACUGUGGGGUGAUGAGGUCCCAUAGCGGCAGUCAAUGGAAAGAUGGUCGAUGCGUACAGCCAAGUGAUUCUGCUAUUCAUUACUUCAUCUGUAAGACACCUUCACUGUAGAACCCAUCGGCGUUACCAGCAUAGCCUUAUAGGGGUGGGAGGCACAGACGGGAGGGGGUGACAUACAAAAUAAUCCAAAGUCAAAUGCAAUAUAUAGCUAAGCUAUACUAACACACCUUUUUUUCUUCCGCACACGGACUCUCACCAACACACACCCACCCACACACACGCGUUUGCUAUGUGAGAUAUAGAGUUACUUAGGUCUUGGGAUAAGUUUCAUGAAUGAUUUUUUUUUUUUUUUUUUUUUUUUUUUUAGUGGAACAGGGGACCAAAUGCCCCUUUAACCUCUUGCUACUUGUGUUUUUCACUACCGGCGUACCAGACUAAUUGUUAAACGGAGGAAGGGGUGGCACAAACGGGGUUGACACACGAAAUCACAGAGCCAGUGCCUUGGAUGACCCUUUUUAAAAUGAUAAACAGGAACGUCAGGCGCCCCCCCCCCCCCUUGGUUAUAACUAUGUUUGUCAUUGUGUUCCAUUAUACGUACGACACUUUCGCUCCAGUAUCAUUCGGUGUGUUCCUGUGAAACUUUUUUUAGAAUCAUCUCAUGUAAGAAAGUUAACCUCCAUUACAUACAUUUUACAUGUAUUUCCUAAAUCAUCUCUCUUUCUCUACCUCUCUCUCAAUGUAGCGCCCCCCCCCCCCCCCUUAGCUGCCUCUCGUUCUCACUUUCUCCCUUACGAUUAACUAACACGAUAGCAGAUCUUGAGAUGAUUUUUCGAUAAGAAAAGAGUUGCGAGUGUUGUAUAAAUAUUCAUAAACUAACAAGCUUUUCAUCUUAAGUGAAUUUAUUAGUACAGUAAGAUACAUAAACACAUAAAUCACUCAUAUAUUGAUUUCAGUGUGACCUAAAAAACUAUAUUUUCUGUCAAAUAUAUACAUGUAUGUAUCAAGGAAAUAUUUUUUAAAAAUACCUGUCUUUGUAUGUGUACAAGAAAAUUAUGUUAUUUUACCCUGAAUUCCAUUUCAUAAAACUCAUUGGAUGUAAAAACAGAGGUCACUCGGUUCACGUAUCAUUUUCAACUACAUGUAUAAUAACGACAAUACAUAAGGUCAUUUUUACCCACGAUAUAGCCUCGUUAUUUUCAAAACACGUCUCCCUGAGGGCCCUGCAAUCAUAAUAUUAUAUUCAGCCCAGCUACCAUGAUAAGGGGCUCACGCAUGCAUUCAAUUUCGAACCGCGAACCUUGUUAUUUUACAGCCCGGUCACUUAUCCUCUAGACCACGACACCUUGACAUGAACCUUGACCUAAUUUCUUCAAAUAUUUGUCAUUUCGGUACUGGAUACAAGAGGUGCAACUGACAAAAAAGCC